AAAAUAAAUAAAUACAUAAAUAUUCAGCGGUGGCAAGUGCUGAGACCAGAGUAAAAGAGAGGAGGAAGGACUUCAUACAGACACAAGGGCCACACUGAAAGGGCAACCGCAAAAACCUCAGCCAUGUCGGAGAACCAGACUGUCAUGCCUCGCGCGCUCUUGGUCCCAGUAAAAGGGAUCCUUCUGCCGGAUCACAUUGCCAAAGACCUUGAUGCCGUGUCCGCUUUUUGUCCUCAUCCAUCGGACAUUCUCAUUGCUGCCUUCCCAAAAUCAGGCUCGACGUGGACCGCGGAGAUCGUCGACCAGCUUCUUCAUAACGGAGAUGUUGAGAGCUGCAGACGAGCCCCAAUCACCGUCCGAACUGCUUUCCUCGAGGCUAGCAACCGUCUGCGGACAAAAUCGGGUCUCCAUCAACUGAAGGAAAUGGCUCCCCCAAGAGUCAUCAAGACGCAUCUGCCAAUCCAGAUGGUUCCGGUCGGCUUUUGGGAAAAAAAGUGCAAAACCAUCUACGUUGCCCGCAAUGCCAAGGACACCGUGGUGAGCUUCUACCACUUCCAUCACAUGAAUUUGGCCAGUCCCGAGCCUGGGCCCUGGGAGAGUUUCGUCCACAAGUUCAUGCACGGGGAGUUGGCGUGGGGCUACUGGCACGAUCACGUCAAAGGUUUCUGGGAGGAACAAGAAAAGAGGGACAUCCUUUACCUCUUCUAUGAAGACAUGAAAGAGAAUCCUCGGCGCGAAGUGGAGCGCAUCAUGAAGUACCUGGACUUGUCCCUCUCUGAUGACGACAUCGGCCACAUCGUGGAGCUGACGACAUUUAAGAACAUGAAGGAGAACCCGAUGACCAACUUCAGCUUCUUUCCGCCAGAGAUUUACAAUCAAUCCAUCUCCAAAUUCAUGAGAAAAGGAGAAGUUGGUGACUGGAAAAACCACUUCACACCAGAGCAGUCGGCGGCAUUUGACGAGGACUACGAGAAGAAAAUGAAGCAAGCCAACAUACCAUUCAAGACAGAAUUGUAACGAGCUUUGCGGUCUUUCACUUGCUACGACCGCAUUUCUCUGCUGCGUGUGACAACUGCAGUUGACCAUCACAGUCAAAUUAAAAAAAAAAA